UUUAACACUUUAUCGUGGAUCGUGUCGGUAGAUAACACCAAUUAAGCCUGCUCUUCUUGCAUUCAUAUAAAUACCACAAAUGAACCUUUCCACUUCACACUUCUCAGCGAGUGAUUGACAACAUGCGCGUCCUCAUCUUCUUGGCCCUUUGCAUCGCAGCCGUCGUGGCUGUCCCAUCCAAUCCCCAAAGGAUUGUGGGCGGUUCCACUACCACCAUUGAUCGGUACCCUAGCAUCGCUUCUCUCCUGUACUCCUGGAACUUGAGCUCCUACUGGCAGGCAUGCGGUGGUACCGUCUUGAACAACCGUGCCAUCCUUACUGCCGCUCACUGCACAGUUGGUGAUGCCGCUAACAGAUGGAGAAUCCGUCUUGGCUCCACCUGGGCCAACAGCGGUGGUGUCGUUCACAACGUCAACACCAACAUCGUCCACCCCUCAUACAACUCCAGAACUUUGGACAACGACAUCGCUAUCCUCCGCUCCGCCUCCACCUUCUCCUUCAACAACAAUGUCCGCGCUGCUUCCAUCGCUGGUGCCAACUACUUCCCCGGUGACAACUCAGCUGCCUGGGCUGCAGGAUGGGGAACCACCUCUUCUGGUGGCUCCAGCUCUGAGCAGCUUCGUCACGUUGAACUGCGCGUCAUCAACCAGGCUACUUGCAGAAGCAACUACGCUAGCCGCGGUAUCGCCAUCACCGACAACAUGUUGUGCUCCGGCUGGCCCACCGGUGGUCGCGACCAGUGCCAGGGUGACUCUGGUGGUCCUCUCUACCACAACAACAUCGUUGUUGGUGUCUGCUCUUUCGGUAUUGGAUGCGGACAAGUUAACUUCCCUGGUGUCAACGCUCGUGUGUCCCGCUACGCAUCUUGGAUCCAAUCCAAUGCAUAAGAAGGGAAUUUUGGCCAGUUUGAUUCAUAAAAUAAUGUUUGUAAUCAAGUAAACUGGAAUAGUCACCACUUAUGUUUCUUUGCUUUUAAAUAAAUUUUGCCAUAAAA